AUGUCUCAAGAUCCUCGCAACGCCCUCAGCGCCCUUCUCAGGGCCGCUGAUAUCCAAGACCACGAACAGAUUCUCAACGCCGCCAAUGCCGCAAUAAAGGCCGACAAGAGCGACUAUGCCGCCCAGCACACCAAAGUCGUCGCCCUCCUAAAGCUCGAUCGCUUCGACGAUGCCCUGCGUGUCAUCAGCGGCGGUGGAAUCAAGCUCCAGGCCACAUGCAUUCUCGAGCAGGCCUAUGCGCUCUACAAGACCGGCAAGCUGGAGGAGGCGUCUAAACUGAUCGAGACCGCUGGUCUGGAGAAACGCAGUCUUCGUCAUGUCGCCGCUCAGGUCGCCUACCGGGCCGAGAAGUCUCACGAAGCCGAAGCCAUCUAUCGGAACUUGCUUGAUACAGACGCUGCCGGCGAGGAGAGCGACCUCAGGAUCAACAUCACUGCUUCCGUUGCUCAGUCUCAAUGGCAGGGGCUUUCGUCCUCUAGCCCCGAGUCCGCCUCCGACUCUUUAGAAUCUUUUGAGCUGUGCUACAAUAUGCGCGCUGGUAUCCUGUGUGACAACUCGGACGAACUCACUGAAGAAGAGAAGAAGACGGAGCUACGGUCCAUCCGUGCUCAGCAGGCAUAUCUGUUUGCCAAAAUCGGAAAGCUCAGCUCAGCUUUGGAAGUGUAUGAGAUGCUGGGCCCUGCGACUGCCAAUGAUGGCCGUGACUUUGCCGUCAUUACGCAAAACAACCACUUUGCCUUGGAGGAAACCGGCAACCCAUUCGUACGCCAGCGCAAGGCAGAGUCUUUAAUGGCAUCAGCAGCCCAGAGCGAUCUCUUCAACUAUCAGGCCAACAUUCUCAAGCGCAACAACCUCGUCAUUGAUCUCGGGGCCUACAAGACCAAGGGUGUCGCGGGCAGAACAGAAAAGAUCCUGAGGCAGACAACGCUUCCUUCGGCAAACUCGCAGAUCAAUGCAGCAGCCAUUAUCAACGCCGCUGCCCACACGCAAGGCUUAGACAGCAAGGAGGCGCUCCGCAAGUUACUGGCCGUGGCGGCUAAGCGUCCCAAUGACGUUGGCCUUACCUUGACCAUUGUCCAGCUGCAGCUUCAGCAGGAACAAGCCGGUGCCGCUCUGACAACUCUCACAACUUUCCUCUCCCGCUUAGAAUCUUCCGGGGAGAAGCGAGAUGCCUCAGCCAAGGCAGAGAUUGUAAAGGCUGCCCAGUACUGGCAGAACCGCCCAUCCCAGUCGGUAGGAUCGCUUCUUCUCGAGGCCGGAAUCGAGCUCAUGCGGUCAUCCAAGUCAGACGACCUGUUGCUGGCGGGCUCGUCGUUCGACAAGCUAUUCCGGGAACAGCAGGGCUCUGAUGUGGCAUCCGCCGGACUAGUUGCCGCCUAUGCAGCGUCAGACGCGUCCAAAGUCAGAGAGCAUGCCGACCGGCUGCCGCCUGUCCACGACUUGAUUAGUGGCAUCGACGUGGACGAGCUCUUCGCUGCCGGUGUGGCCGCCACCCCCGGCAGCACCGUCUCCAAGAAGCGGUCAGCCACAGCAGACGAAGGCAACGCCGAAAGGGCAACCAAGCGACGAAGGAGAAAGCUACCAAAGAACCUCGUCGAGGGCAAGGCGCCCGAUCCCGAGAGGUGGCUGCCCCUGCGCGACAGGUCGUCGUACCGCCCCAAGGGCAAGAAGGGCAAGAAGAGAGCCGGCGAGGCCACCCAGGGAGGCAUCGUCAAGGAGGAGGAGACGCUGGGGCUCGUGGGCGGCGGAGGAGUCAAGGUGGAAAAGGCCGCGGCUCCCUCGUCGAACAAUAAGAAGAAGAAGAAGGGCAAGAAAUAG